AUGAUCGAAACUUUAAAGAUAAAUAGAAGCACAUCAAUAGCAUUACAUGAUCUAAUACAGAUUAAACCUGUUCGUGUCAGUCUCAGUGGACCUAUUCCUUAUGAAUUAAAUGCUGUCAAGUACACUGUGAAAUGUGAAAAUCCAAUAUCCAAAAGUAAUACCGGUUUUAAAAACACAAUUAGACGUACCCAUUGGUACCCCGAUAUCACCAUAAACUCCACAUACAAUAUCAAAGACCUUCAAUUGGAGUUUAUUGAAUCUUAUUUACCACCACCUUUUCAAUCCUUGCAAAGUGAAAUGAAAAAGUGGAGACACCUAGAUUUCAAAGUAGACAUCCCAAUGAUUGUCCAUCCUUCACACAAACGUCUACUAAUACACGCACCACCUAAAUGGUCUUUGCCUGAUUCUAUUGACUUGUUCGAUGUUUCUCGUGAUAAUUUAAGUUCUCAUAUUCCAAAGCACUCUAUUCCUGAAAGGGAAGUAUUGUUAAUUGAAGAUAAAAGUGCUAGUAGCAAGUACUUUUGCCAACACCAGUUUCUCUUUACGCCACCCCAACCCUGUAUUAAUAGGAUGAGGUACCAUACAUGGGCAUACAACGACAGUUCACUUGCAACCCCUUGCACAGAAGAUAUUACUCAGUAUUUGCUUGACCAAAAUAGAGUUACCGAAAGUGGAAAAUACUUGGUACUACCAGUUGCAUGUCCGAACAUCAAAAUGAAAAAUAGCCCCGCAACAACCAUCUCACAAUUCAUUUUCAGUCAUCUCAAGCUUGAAAAACAUAAUUGGAAAUUGCCAAGCCAUGUAUUAAUUGAAAAUAUGUCUUGGAAUCCAUUCAAAGUGGAUGUUGCCAAUUUUGUUGACAAAUAUCUUAUGGAAACUAUAACCCGAAAGAAAUCCUUUAUGACUACCAUUGAUAAAACAAUCAUAUCUAGUGUACAAAUGGUGUUACUCCCCAAAACCACAGCUACAUUUCCUAAAAUAUCAAAAAUUGAAAGUAGUCAUGAAUUGAAGCCUGUAAAUAUCAGAGACUCAAAAAGAAAUAAUACCCCAACAAAGUCCGAUGGAUUAACCAAUACCCAAAUCCAAACUAAUAUUGCCACCUACCACAAUGAUACAGAUAUAAUGAAUGAAUUAAUAUCUUCAAGAAAAAGGAAAAGGAAAAAGUUGGGCACAGUUUCAAAUGUAGUGUUGCCACCUGAGAUAUCAACAUUACUGUUUGUUGAACCUAAAACUCCCCCACAACAUAAUGAGACCACUGAAGAAACACAAAACUGCGCUGAAUUGUCGAUUUCCACCAACAAAUCUGCUUUUGCAGCAACACAACACAUCAUAAUUAAUGAAACAUUAUGGGAUACCAAUAACCAGUUAGCAAAAUCACUAUCGGAUGUUGUUCACAUAUUUGAAAUGAAAAUCAAACUUCCCAUUGAUAUCAUCGUUAAUGUCACUACUGGAAUAUACUGUACACUGUCGGAUUAUCUCCUCCAAAGCGAUGGCCAUUGUGAAUUCUUAAUACUAAAGACCCUUCUUCUUCUCAAAAAGCAUUUCCAUUCAUUAUUCGUAUUUGCUACGGUGUCUACACCGAUAUUCCUAAAACAUAGCACGGAGAAAAUACAAAAACUUCAAGUGUUAUGUAUGUCCCUCAAUAUCAAAUUAUUUUUAAUUCCACCACAUGAUUUAAUUGUUUGGAUAUUACAAGUAUUGAGAGUAGAAGGUCCAGAAAAGUCUUCCCGUUUUAUUGAUACUGACAAUCCAGACGGUAAUUUUCUAUCUGAAUGUGGUUUAUCAUAUUUUCAAGUGAAUCAAGUCUUACAAAGGUGUUCUUUUAAUGAGUUUCUUGUUAUGGAUACUAAAGAAAAGAUAAAUCAAUUUCGGGAAAUCGUUACAUCUGAACUAAUAUACCAACUAGAAAGUAUUCUUUCCCAAGAACUUUGA